AGUGAAUGAAAAUACAAGUAUGAGAACCAAAUAGGCUGUUCAGUUCCUGGAGAGACAGUAAUCAACAGACCGUGUAUUCUAAACAUUCGGGAAACGUCGUUAUUCUACGCCUUGACGCCAUUGAGAAAACACAUUUCUGGAAACAAGAAAACUCACAUUAAUCUCCAAAAAUGCAUAUUCAACUCACUCCCGAUUAUGGAUAUGUCAUCUUGGCCGGAGCAACUUCCGCCUUUAUGGUUAUGUGGAAGGCAAUCAAAGUUGGCCAAGCUCGCAAGGCCCACAACAUAAAGUACCCCGUCAUGUACAGCACGGAAAACGGUGGGGAUAACGUCUUCAAUUGCGUUCAGCGAUCUCAUCAAAACACCCUGGAAGUGUACCCCCAAUUCCUGUUCUUUCUGGCCACGGGCGGGAUUUCUUGCCCGAGAUUUUGCGCCGGAGCCGGAUUGCUUUGGACUAUUAGCCGGAUUGUCUAUGCUUUGGGAUACUCCACUGGUAAGCCUGAGAAGCGAAUGCAAGGAGCUUUUGGCUAUCUGGGAUACUUCGGAUUGUGGGGAUGCUCGAUCUACACCGGAUUGAAGAUGACCAACCUUGUUUAAGCAUAUACUGGUUUGGGCUUUCCAUUUGCAAACUUAAACAUAGUAUUAAAUGUCAUAGAACCUACUGUUUGUGAGAUGAAUAAAUUUAUUGCAUAUUCCUGAAAA